UCCUAAAGGGUCUAUAUAAACAGACUGUACUGGGCAAGAUCAGUGCCUUGAAUUGUGGAUCGCCUACCAGUAGGAGGAAACCGGAGACCCAGGAGGAAGUUAACACAAACAUGAAAAAGUCCACACAGUCAGUAACCCGAGCUCAGGAUCAAGCCAGGAACCCUGGAUGUGUGAGCCGGCCAUCGCGUACUGAGCACCAAUCAGGCCUACAUAAACAGACUGUACUGGCCAAGACCAGUGCCUUGAAUUGUGGAUCGCCUAGCAGGAGGAAACCGGAGACCCAGGAGGAAGUUCACACAAACAUGAAAAAGUCCACACAGUCAGUAACCCGAGCUCAGGAUCAAGCCAGGAACCCUGGAUGUAUGAGCCGGCCAUGCCGUACUGAGCACCAAUCAGGCCUACAUAAACAGACUGUACUGGCCAAGACCAGUGCCUUGAAUUGUGGAUCGCCUAGCAGUAGGAGGAAACCAGAGACCCAGGAGGAAGUUCACACAAACAUGAAAAAGUCCACACAGUCAGUAACCCGAGCUCAGGAUCAAGCCAGGAACCCUGGAUGUAUGAGCCGGCCAUGCCGUACUGAGCACCAAUCAGAUAACCACCAGAGCAUAAAGAGCAACAAUAUGGAAACCAAAAUUAAAAAUAAUAAAAACUACAGUAUAAAAAGCACUGGUAAACCUUCAGUGUAUCUACUGAAUCUGAAGGACACAGGAAGAGAUCAGCUUCACAUAAAAGACUUUGGAUGUUUUUGUCAAAACAGAACUCAACAAAACAAAACUAUAAUGCUCCUGGGAGCCACUGGCUCUGGAAAGAGCACUCUCAUUAAUGGCAUGGUCAAUUACAUACUGGGAGUACAGUGGGGUGAUACAUGCAGAUUUAAACUGAUAGAUGAGCAGACCAAUAAAACACAAGCUGAGAGCCAGACUUCAGAUGUUACAGCAUAUCAGAUACACUAUCAAAAUGACUUCCAAGUUCCCUAUUCAGUCACAAUCAUAGACACACCAGGGUUUGGAGACACAAGGGGAAUCGCAAAAGACAAGGAGAUCAUUGAGAAAAUCAGAAUGUUCUUCUCUGAAAAAGAUGGCAUUCUUGGUCUUGAUGCUGUGUGUUUUGUGGUACAGUCAGCUUUAGCUCGACUAACCCAAACCCAGAAAUACAUUUUUGAAUCUGUUCUUUCAAUCUUUGGAAAGGACAUUGCAAACAAUAUCACCUUUAUGAUCACCUUUGCUGAUGGGCAGAAACCUCCUGUCCUGGACGCCAUUGAAGCUGCUGAUAUCCCGUGUGUAAAAGAGGGUGAUAAAAUCCUUCAUUUCAAAUUCAACAAUUCUGCACUUUUUGCUCAGAAUGAAGAGGUGGAUGAUGAUGAUGAUGACAACUUUGAUGAAAUGUUCUGGAAAAUGGGAAAAGGAAGCAUGAAACGAUUCUUUAAUUACCUGGAGAAAAUGGAGACCAAAAGUCUUCAGCUCACAAAAGAGGUUCUGUCUGAACGCAAACACCUGGAGACAGUUGUAACCGGAGUGCAGCCACUCAUCCAAACUGGUCUGGCAAAACUUGAGGAAAUCAAAAUGACAACAGCAGCACUGGAACAAAACCAGAAUGUCAUAAAAGAAAACGAAAACUUUGAAUAUGAAGUUGAAGUAGAAAAGAGUAAGAAGGUUACACUUGAAAAGGGAAAAUUUGUAACAAAUUGCCAUGGCUGCAACUUCACCUGCCAUUAUCCAUGUGUAUAUUCAAACGAUGCAGAUAAAAGCAAAUGUGCAGCAAUGAAACAUGGCAACUGUAAAGUGUGUCCUGGUAAAUGCCCCUGGAAUGUGCAUCACAACAUGCAAUUCAGAUUUGAAACUGAAACUGUAAAACAGACGAGGACAUAUGCAAAUCUGAAAAAGCAAUAUGAAGACGCUUUGGGGAAACAUAUGACAAUAGAGAAAAUCAUCGAUCAGUUGGAGGAAGAAUAUGAAGAUGUACAAGAAAAAGUCUUGCAGUUAAAUGAUCAACUUGCCAGGAGCCUGACACGUCUGAAGGAAAUUGCUCUUCGCCCAGAUCCCUUGUCCACACCAGGUUACAUUGAAUUACUGAUCGAGUCUGAGAAGCAGAUGGCCAAAGCAGGGUACAAAAAGCGCAUUGCUGAGUUGGAGGAGUUAAAACAACGUGCUUUGAUUCUGGAGAAGGCGGAGAAAGGAGAACCACUUACUGAACACGAGAAGGGUUUGAGGUCAAGGAAAACCAUUGCUCAGAAAUUAAAUGGUGUGUAUAACGAUAUAAAAAACUGGUUUAUAACAUAAUUGGGAAAAUAAAAAAGACGCAUAGCUUUGCAGUGGUAGAAUACUGUGUUGCCUGAGAGAAUAAUGACCUAAAUCGACUGCUUUUUGCAAAGAAAAUUAUUCAGCUUUUUAAUUGUUAGAAUUUAUUUUGAUCUUAAAUCCAGCUUAAAUUCUGAGUGUACAUCAGGUAAUUAAAGUCAGAUAAAUCUUUUCUUCAUUUUCAAUAUUCAUAUUACAUUUGUUUUUCUUGGAUUAAAGUAAAUGUGAUUUAUUUCAUUUUUUAUCUGCUUAACUGCAUGUUAUUAUAGCAUAGUGUCUGCAGCAGCUUUUAAAGGCAAGUGACUAAUAAAAAACGAAGAUAUUGUGAAGAUCAUUUGCAUGUUUUGGUAAUUAAAUAGAUAUAAAG